AAUCGCGGACGUCCGACAAAAGAUCCGUGCACUACCAAAUGCGCCGAAAAAUUUUCCAGUAUUCACUUCAGAUCUCGGUUCAAAUGUUGGUGAUGCAUUUGUUAGCGCCGUUGACGCAGUUUUCGCGAAUGUCCAUCCCUAUUUUGCCGGUGUUACGGCUCAAGAAGGAACUAAUUGGACUCUUAAAUAUUUCGAUGAAAACGACGUGGUAUUUGCAAAUAAACAGAAUAAACCUGCCGUAAUUGCAGAAGUUGGAUGGCCAACUCAGGGAGCUUCGAACAAUGCGUCCGUCGCAUCAAUACCAAACUUACAAACUUUUAUCUCGCAAUUUAUUUGUAGUGCAAAUGCUCAACAAUACAAAUAUUAUUAUUUUGAGACAUUUGAUACUCCAUGGAAAACACAAAGAUUUACCGUAUUGGAAGGAAGCUGGGGAUUAUUUUAUCCAGAUCGUACGUUGAAACCUGGUCUUACAUUACCUGAUUGCGCCCCAACUGCUCCCGGUUUAAGCAAUUAG